UUCUCGACACACAACGAUUAGCCUCAGUCGCCAGCACUCUCCUCUUCCAUUUUACCACGAUUGAUUGCACCUCGCCCAGUUGCGCUUAUGAAAGGGCGCCCGUCACUUUUCACCUCACAGGACUAUCUCUCUGACCACUUGUGGAAGGCUCUUACACCAUAAGGGCUAUAACCUUCAACAGACACUACCACUUCUCCAGCCUUGACAUUAUCCAUCUGUGACCAACAAUGCUUCCCCAGAUGACGGCCCGGUUCGUCCAACCCACAGCUAAGGGCGCCUUGUGCCUGAGCUUUGUUGGCCGGUCCCAGACCCGUUUUACUUCCAAGAAAGCUUUUGCCGGAGGCAGCAGUGGCAGGAAUAUGCCUGUCCAUUUGUCUCGUGCCACCGCCCCGGUUAAGAACCUCGAUGCUACACUCACUAUUCGGGAUGGUCCCGUCUUCUCCGGCCGUGCCUUCGGCGCCAAUUCAAACAUUUCAGGCGAGGCCGUCUUUACUACAUCGCUAGUCGGCUAUCCUGAGUCUAUGACAGAUCCUUCCUAUCGCGGUCAGAUUCUAGUCUUCACCCAACCGCUCAUUGGAAACUACGGUGUUCCUUCAAAGGAACUUGACCAGUGGAAUCUUCUCAAAUACUUUGAGUCACCACAUAUUCAGUGUGCUGGUGUGGUUGUCGCCGAUGUGGCUGAGAAAUAUAGCCACUGGACGGCUGUCGAGAGCCUUGGUGAUUGGUGCGCUCGCGAAGGUGUCCCCGCGAUUUCGGGUGUUGACACUCGCGAAAUUGUCACCUACCUCCGAGAGCAGGGAUCCUCCCUUGCAAGGAUCACUGUUGGCGACGAAUACGAUGCCGAUGAGGACGAGAGCUUCAUUGACCCUGGCCAGAUUAAUCUGGUCAAGCGCGUAAGCACCAAGGCUCCAUUCGUUGUUGAGUCGCCGGGUGCUAGUCUUCAUGUGGCUUUGAUCGACUGCGGUGUCAAGGAAAAUAUCCUGCGCAGUCUGGUCAGCCGCGGCGCCUCGGUCACGGUGUUCCCGUACAACUACCCUAUUCAUAAGGUUGCCGCUCACUUCGAUGGUGUCUUCAUCUCCAAUGGCCCUGGUGAUCCCACACAUUGCCAGGAAACCAUCUAUACUCUUGGUAGGCUGAUGGAAACAUCCUCUGUACCUAUCAUGGGCAUCUGCUUGGGUCACCAGCUCCUUGCCCUCGCCGCCGGCGCUCGAACCAUCAAACUGAAGUACGGAAACCGGGCGCACAACAUUCCCGCAUUGGACCUCACGACAGGCCAGUGCCACAUCACCAGCCAAAACCAUGGUUACGCUGUGGAUGCCAGCACCCUUCCGAGCGAGUUCAAGGAGUACUUUGUCAAUUUGAAUGACGGUAGCAAUGAAGGCAUGAUGCACAAGACGCGCCCCAUCUUCUCCACGCAGUUCCACCCCGAGGCGAAGGGUGGUCCCAUGGACAGCUCCUACCUGUUUGACAAAUAUAUGCAGAACGUGCAGAUGUUUAAGAACAGCGAGAAGGUGUACAAGGACAACCGCCCCAGUCAGCUCAUGCUGGAUAUCCUCAGCAGGGAACGAGUCGGCGUGGAGCCAGUAAAGGUUGCAGGGAGCAUGGGGACGUACCUCAUGAUAUCUGGCGCUUUGGGUUCGUUUCAUUAUGGUGCCAUGGUGCAAGAGAUGGUCGUGUGGAACGAGCAAGUAUGA